AAGCCACUCACUCUCUACCGCUGUCAAGUUGCUUAAAAUAGCCAAAAAGACAAAAAUCAUCUGUCAUCUGUCAUCCUUCUUCGAUCCUUGGAUCCUGCUUCCCUUCUUUCAUUUCUCGAGGAUCCAAGCGGCUAUCACUAACCUAACCACGUGACUACAAAUCACGUUACUCCUCCACGCGACGAUCCUCGGCUCGGCAGAUUGUUGAUGCGAAACAACCUUUUGGUAUCUAUCACAUCUUCCGGCGCCCUCACAUUAUCUAUCGUGCACGCGUCGACAGCCUGACACUUUUGGGGAUUUAAAUUACAGCCACGGGGCAUACAACACUCGAUACUCGACACUCGGGCUUCAUACACUUUUGCUCGACGAGGAGCUUAUAUACCACCACCACUACGAGCAUCAACAAAACUACACGCACCGAGUCAACAACAACAUCGCCCUCGCCCAUGCACCUCAACCUCACAAGGCUACACCUCACCCCCUCCACCCCACCACGCUGAGAUGCGCCCCUAACAACCACCACCACAACCACAAACCUCACCACACCUGACCCCACGUCACCCCCCACACCCCGCCCACAAUGCCCACCACCCUCGAAGCCAAAAUCGUCGUCCUCGGCGCCCAAGGCGUCGGCAAAACCUCCCUCGUCCAUCGCUACAUCCACAGCACCUUCCUCCCUCCCCACCCCUCCACAAUCGGUGCAUCCUUCUUGACGAAACGAAUCCACGACACCGAUUCCAACACCCUUGUGCGGCUGCAACUCUGGGAUACUGCUGGACAGGAGCGGUUCAGGUCGAUCUCGCGACUGUAUUAUAGAGGAGCGAACGCGUGUAUAAUCUGCUACUCCAUCACCGACGCAGCCAGCUUCGAGGAAAUGGGCCGGUGGCUAGCGGAGCUACGGCGGGAGUUGGGAGAGGGCGUUGUGCUACACGUCGUCGGCACCAAAGCGGAUAUUGUGGCGAGGGAGCCGGGGAAGAGGGAGGUCCCAUUUGAGAGGUGUAUUGCGUAUGUGGCGGAGAAUCUGUAUCCGGCGCUCAGCUCGACGCCGCCCUUGACUGCUACGGCGGAUGGGGCGGGGUUUGGGGGGAGGUCGAGAGCGACGAGUGGUGGGACGGGGGAGCUGAGGAGUCCGGGCGCUACGAGCAAACGGAGUAGUGGGUUCUGGGGACAGGAUGUUGGGUGGGAUUGUUGUCAUGAGAUCUCUGCUGAGAGCGGCGAAGGCGUCGAUGAAGUCUUUCGAGUCGUUACGCGGAAAUUGGUGGAACAAGCCAGGAAACGGGAGGAGGAAGGUGAAGGGGCUGCGGGGGCAGAGGAAGGGGGGGAAUAUUUUGGAGGGGAGGCGGGGAGGGGGAGUUUUAGGGUCGGGAGGGAUAGGAGGAGUUGGUUGGGGUUUCCGACGGGGAUUGGGAUGGAGGAUGUUAUUGAGGAAGGUGGGGGCCCGAUUGGGGGGGCGGGGGUGGGGGGGAAGAAGGGGAAGGGGAGGAAGUGUUGUUAG